AUUUCCCCAGUUCAAUGACAACUUAACCUAACACCGUAUCGGUUCAUACUUAUUUAAGAAACUACGUUUAGGAAAAUGUUUAAAAUAAAAACAGUUUUAACAUUUUUAAGUGUUGCAAUAACAAUAAACUAUGUGUUGUGUUGUUCUACGUUUAACAAUACCGAAAUGAAUACGAUUUUAGAAGAUAAAUCAUUUUACAAAUUAAUUCUAAGUGGAUGUAUUGAACGAAUUGCGUUUUAUCAAGAUGAUAUACCAAGAAAAAUCUCUCAAAUUCACAUAACGAAUCAAAAUGUUCCUGCUUUAAAAAAAGAUUCGGUUAGAAAUAUGUCCAAAUUGAAAGUGUUUACUAUAAAAAAUUCUGGAUUAUCGCGUAUUUACCCGGCGAUGUUUCGCAACGUUCCAAGGAUCGAAAAGGUCAAAUUUUAUGAAAAUAAAUUGACGGAAAUUCCAAGUGGAGUCUUCGAUGGAUUUACAUUUAAAGAAAUUUCUUUGCAUAACAAUAAAAUUAAUCUAAUCGAAACAAACGCUUUUUCAUCGAUGGAAAAUUUACAAUCGUUAAAUUUAUCUCAUAACGACUUAGAUGCAAUGAGUCGUAAUUGGUUUUAUAAUCUUCCAAAUUUAACAACAGUUGAUUUUAGUUAUAACAAAAUAAGAACAAUACCAACAAAAAUCUUUAUUCACGCACGAAAAGUUAAAUAUAUUUAUUUAGAUUAUAACGAUAUUUCUGAAAUACAAAGAAUCGCUUUCGACGGAUUGCCGAAUUUAAAAUAUUUGGGAUUAAAACAUAACUUAUUGAAGAGAAUUAACGAGAAUGCUUUUCAUUCGAAAUUUCAAUACGUCGAUACGUUAUGUAUAAAUUCAAACCGAUUUUCGUAUUUACCUGAAACGUUGUUGCAAAAAAUUAGUGUAAAAACGAUUAAUUUGGAUGGAAAUCCUUGGGAAUGUAGUUGUUAUAGAAAAAUUAUUAAAUAUCUUGGCGAUAAUGAGGGAAGAAUCGUUCCUUCUGAAGAAUGUAAAAAUUAUGAUGUUCCUGUUUGCAUCGUUCCUACUAUUCCAACAGACUCUUGCGAUGAAGUAGAACAAGAUGAUGUUGUUCGAGAGUUUUAUAAACAAGUGGAUUUUUUAAAGAAGACUGAUUGUGUUCGAUUUUUAGAAAUAUUGUAAUUGAUUGUGUUCUAUUUAAAAU